CCAGGUCUCCCACAUUGCAGGUGGAUUCUUUACCCAUCUGAGGUAUCAGGAAAGCCCUGUGUAUGAUAUAAUCAGAUCCUAAAAUACAACUUCGGAAAUAACUGCUUUUUCAAGAAUAUAUGCUAAGACAAUAGAAAUAAGAACUUCAUUGUUAACUGUGCAGAGGAAUGUGAGAGAAAACACAUGUGAAUUAGCAUACUAACGCUUUUAAAGUUGCCUUAACAGUCAUAAAUUAUGUUCUUUGUGUGUACAGUUCAGAUAAGUUUGAUCUUGUAUUAUAAUGGUGCAGGAUGUAGUAGGAAAUGCAUGUUUCCUCGUGUAUUUCUUCUUUUCCUCUAAAAGUAAGGCGAGCUGACUCAAAUAUAUGUGGAAAACAUGGAAAAUAAUAAGGAAGAAAAUAGCCGUCAACUAUGCCAUCAUUCAGAGAUGACCAGAAUGAAUCUGUCCUUGCCACACAAAACCAACUUCACUCUCUCAACAGCUGACAACAAACAUUAGUGUACUCUUUCCUGGGUCCACGGAGGCUCUGAGUAUUCAGCUGGGCUGAGUUGGGCUUGGGUCCAGGCUGAAUUGGUUUAAGUCUGAUCACCUGCAUGUGUGUUUCCUCAUGGUCCUCAGACUAGCAUCUACCAGGAAGAAUUUUUCCCCCAUGGAAGAUCGCAAGAAUUCAAGAGGGUGAGCAGGAAAGCCUGAUGCCUGUUGAGGUCUUCAGUUCGUAGUGGAACUGCCACUUACUCCAUUGGGCAAAGCAAGUCAUCCGUGAGCUGAUGUGGCUGGGGCAUCAUGCCCACCCUACAGCACUGCAUGAUACAUGGCAGUUCUGUGACCAGGGAUUGAACUGGGACCAUCGGCAGUGAGAGCACAGAGUCUUAACCACUGGACCACCAGAAUAUUCCCUUGAUUCCACUUUACAGGAGACAAGAGACCGUCUAAAGGAAGGAGCCUCAUCGGCAGCAUGGAUAACUCACCUGUGGUCACUGGCAGAGGCGUGACGGUGAAACCAGGCUUCUCCGUGGAUGAGUUUUCUACCUCCGUCCUCACUGGAAAGCUGACCACUGUCUUCCUUCCAGUUGUCUACACGAUCGUAUUCGUGGUUGGUUUGCCAAGCAAUGGCAUGGCCCUGUGGGUCUUUCUUUUCCGAACAAAGAAGAAGCACCCCGCUGUGAUUUACAUGGCCAACUUGGCCUUGGCCGACCUCCUCUCGGUUACCUGGUUCCCCCUGAAGAUCGCGUAUCACAUCCAUGGCAACAACUGGACUUACGGGGAGUCUCUUUGCAAAGUGCUCAUUGGCUUCUUCUACGGCAACAUGUACUGCUCCAUCCUCUUCAUGACCUGCCUCAGCGUGCAGAGAUACUGGGUCAUCGUGAACCCCAUGGUGCACCCCAAGAAGCAGGCAAACAUUGCCAUCGGCGUCUCCCUGGGAAUAUGGCUGCUCAUUCUGCUGCUUUCCAUCCCCUUGUACGUCGUGAAGCAGACCGCCUACAUCCCGGCCCUUAACAUCACGACCUGCCACGACGUUUUGCCGGAGGAGGUGCUGGUGGGAGACAUGUUCAAUUACUUCCUCUCUCUGGCCAUCGGGGUCUUCCUGUUCCCAGCCUUCCUCACGGCCUCGGCCUAUGUGCUCAUGAUCCGGACCCUCCAGUCUUCUGCCAUGGAUGAGAGCUCAGGAAAGAAGAGGCAGAGGGCCAUCAAGCUCAUUGUGACCGUGCUGGCCAUGUACCUGAUCUGCUUCACUCCCAGUAACCUCCUGCUCGUAGUGCACUACUUCCUGAUCAAGACCUGGGGCCAGAGUCACGUCUACGCCCUGUACAUCGCCGCCCUCUGCCUCUCCACCCUCAACAGCUGCAUCGACCCCUUUGUCUAUUACUUCAUCUCACAGGACUUCAGGGAUCACGCCAAGAAUGCUCUUCUCUGCCGGAGCGUCCGUACUGUAAAGCAGAUGCAGGUAUCCCUCUCGUCAAAGAAAUUCUCGGGGAAAUCCAGCUCUUACUCUUCUAGUUCAACCAGUGUCAAAGGCUCCUACUGAGUGGUCCGGUUCCUCGGUGGAAGUUCUGCUGGAGGCUUUGGAGCCUGCUUACCAUUCCGGAGAUGCUUCUGCUGUUUCCUAACCAAGUAGGUUUCACCACAUACCAUGUAUAUGCAGCACCUCUCAGAGUGGCUGGAAGCUUCCCUGUUUGCAUGAGGAAAGUCCCCCCAAUUCACGUGGAAUGUCAGUUUCAGAAUUCCUCUACUCAGGGGCUCCCAGAAAUGGAACUGAUCAAAGCAGACUUUUCAGACGGUGCAGAAAAGACAGAAGCCCCAUGAUAUGCAAAGAUUAGUCUUGGCAUGAAGGCUUAAGUUUUUAGCUGCAGCUACGUUUCUUUUACAUCUGGGGUUGAUCCAGCUGUAUCCAGCCCUGUAUCCAGGGCUUCAGGGCCCUCAGAGAAGAUCAGUACAGUGGACUGGCUCUACAGAUGGGGAAACUAAAGAGGUGGGGGAGCUGCCGCAAGUCAGGUUUCCAACCAACGGCAACAAGUUUGAAGGGUGGGGUUCUUGUACCACUUCAUCAAAAUCAUUGUGUAUCUUGUUUGAAAAUGCAGAUUUAUCGUACUCAGGAAUCAGAGCUCAGAGUCUGGGGCAGGGCCCAGGAACCUGCAUUUUAACAAGUCUUUCUUACACUCCAGCGUUUGGGAACCUUUGGUCUGGGUACUGCUUCCACUUGACAAGGAGCCAUGGGAAUUUUUGAAAAAUGAACCAAAACAGAACGUUUUGUGUCCCUUUUCCGUCCAGCUCAGAACAAAGUCUGUUCAUUGACUCAUUGGGACUUCCAAUCAUUUCUUUAUUAAUGCUUUGAGCUUUUGUAUGUAUUGUUGUCACUUCAAGGAAAAUACGACGAGCAUUUUAAAUGUGGAAAAGCUAAUUUUGUGUCUUUACUGACUUCAGUGAAAUCUUCAGGUUGUCUGAAUAGUAGAUUUUUUCAUAACUAAGUAUAGUGUUUACCACUUAGUAUUUUUAGAAAUUAUUGGACUAUUUAUUGCCAGUUUUGUUGACUUUUUAGCAAAUAUGAAAUGAUAAAGCCAUCUCUUGAGUUUGAACCACAUCUGUUUGGAAAAGAACACUAAAAUAGAGAUGAUUUGCAAUGUAUUUUAAAAGGUACUUGACUCCAAGCUGACUUUAUAGAACUGUUGUAUUUGUGACCUUUUAAAAUAAUUAUUUUACUGUAUGAUUGAUUUAUAAAUAACACAUAAUUUUUAUUUUUUA